AUGCAGCUGGAUGGAAAGGACCUCAUCUCUCUCUCCUUAUAUGUUUGGCAGGUGGACACAGAUGAUGUUCUCACCAAAGAAGAACAGAUUUAUUUGUUGAAUGAAGCAAAAUCAGCAUGUCACAAUCAGAUAAAUGUCCAGAAGGAGCAAAUCCAAGAGGGUCACUGUUUACCUGAGUGGGAUGGAAUCAUUUGCUGGCCGGAAAGUCUCCCAGAUACAAAGGUGGCGGCUCUUUGCCCAGACUACAUCUAUGACUUCAACCAUCAUGGUCAUGCCUACAGACGCUGCGAUGAUGGUGGAAACUGGCAACUGGUCCCUAAUAUGAACAAGACCUGGGCCAAUUACACAGAAUGUGUCCUCUUCUUUGCCCCAGAACGGCAGGACCAAGAAAAGGAGGUGUUUGACCGUUUGCACAUCAUCUAUACGGUGGGCUACUCCAUCUCCCUGGCCUCCCUUGUGGUGGCUAUGUGUAUCCUUUGCUUCUUCAAGCGACUCCACUGCAGUCGGAACUAUAUCCAUCUCCACCUUUUUGCCUCCUUCAUCUGCCGAGCUGGGAGCAUCUUUGUGAAAGAUAUAGUGUUAUAUUCUACCUCCCGACCAGGGCUGGUGAAAGGACAAGACCAUGAUUGGGAUGCUGAAGAGCUGACUCUCACUUUGGGACCCAGAACCCAGCUGGCAGGUUGCAAAGUAGCAGUGACUGUCUUCCUCUAUUUCCUGGCUACCAACCACUACUGGAUCCUGGUGGAAGGCCUCUACCUCCACAGCUUAAUCUUCAUGGCUUUCCUGUCCAACAAAAGCUACUUGUGGGCCCUCACCCUCAUGGGAUGGGGGGCACCUGCUGUCUUUGUGUCCAUCUGGGCCACCGUAAGAGCAUCUCUGGCUGAUACACAAUGCUGGGACCUCAGUGCUGGAAACAUGAAAUGGAUCUAUCAGGUCCCAAUCUUAGCAGCAAUCAUGGUGAACUUUCUUCUCUUCCUCAACAUUGUGAGAGUCCUUGCAUCCAAACUAUGGGAAACAAACACAGGGAAAUUAGAUCCACGACAGCAGUACAGAAAACUACUGAAGUCAACGCUAGUCUUGAUGCCCCUCUUUGGGGUCCAUUACGUGGUGUUCAUGGCUAUGCCUUACACAGCUGUCUCCAGCACACUUUGGCAAAUACAGAUGCAUUAUGAGAUGCUCUUCAACUCUUUACAGGGCUUCUUCGUGGCUCUUAUUUACUGCUUUUGCAAUGGUGAGGUGCAGGCUGAAAUUAAAAAAGCUUGGUUCCGGAGAAAUUUGCUACUGGAUAUAAAGCAGAAGACCCAUGUCACCAGCACAGGAGGGAGCUGUUAUUAUGGCGGUCUAGUAUCCCAUGCUACCAAUAGCAUCAGUCUAAGUAUGGCCAGCUGGGGCACAGCCUCCGCAGCAGCCAUAGCCAUGCCUUUGGGUGCCAAAAAUUGGCUAUUGCAGCUGGCCAGCAGUGGCACUGCUCUGGAAUACUUCCCUGCUUCCUCCACUCUAGGUAACUGCUUGAGUCAAGAGAUGAUGCAGAAAGCUCCUGAUGAGAUAAUCAAGGCUUUGGUGGACUCUCCAGGCCUAGAAGAAAACCACCCCAGCUUGAGAAAAGAUCUUGAGACCAUGCUAUAA